AUGGUUGUCUCAGAUUACCGUAUCAACGAGCUCCGUCGCUUUCGUAUACUGGUGGGCGGUCUUGCCGCUGCAGGCUCUGCGUCUGUCUUUUACGGGUUCAACCUCAUCAGCAACUAUCUUCAGGUCGGCUAUGGACUUGACGGGAACGAUCUGACGACCAUCACCACCACCGGAAUUGUUGUUGGUUUUGUGACUUUUCCCUGUGGGAUGCUGUUGGACUACGCAGGGCCCAUGUGGGUGCUCGUUAUUGGCACUAUCUUGUCUGCACUCGGUGCUCUUCUUUACGGUCUGGUGUUCAACGGCCUGAUUGCUGCCUCCGUGGUGCGGUUUGCUGUCUUUUGUGCCUUCCUGAAUUUUGGAUGCUUGAGUUUUGACACUGGCUCGUUGAUGGCAGUGCUGGGGAGCUUCCCGCUGGACAGGGGCCUUGUGGUGGCGCAGAUGAAGACGUUGAAUGGCCUCGGUGUCUCUGUGUUGGCUGCUAUCAAUAUUGGUUUUUUUCGCGAGAAGUAUGCUGCCUACAUGUAUUUCCUAACAGGUACUUUGGUAGUUCUUGGAUGUUUUUCAGCGUUUUUUAUUCGUUUUCCCCCAUACCACAUUGUCGAUGGUGAGAAGAAUAAGGUACCAGAGGAGGUGCAACGGCGGCGACGACUGGUUGAGCUAUACUACCUGCAGCAGCGACCAUCGCGGCGACGUUUUGCGAUUGGUUUCAUCAUCAUCAUCUCACUGAUCAUUUAUCUGACGACGCAGUCACUGUGCUCGGCUUACAUCCCGGGCGUUUCUGACACCUCCCGGAGGGGCAUUGCUGCUGGAGCGAUUGUGCUUGUGCUGAUGGUGAUGCUGAUGGCGGCACCCCUACCGUUCCUUGGGGGCAUGCCGGUUCCGGCGAACGAAGCACUUCCGCCCCUGCCGCAGGAGCCGGAGGAGGGAGGGCAGGUGGCUGAGGAGAAGGCGGAGCUGGACGAGAACGCCAUGAUGAUGGAAAAAAGCAACCUUGAUCCACAGUACCAGGGCACAUUCUGGUCGGACCUGAAGACACUGGACUUGUGGUUGAUGUGGUGGAACACACUGGCUACUUGGGGAUGUGGCCUUGUCAUCAGCUUCAACAGCGCCCAGAUAUACCGUGCAUUGAAUGAUAACGUAUACGAAGCCCCGACAAACUCGAUGUAUUCAGCCAUCAUGGGUGUCGGGAGUGCCUUUGGUCGUCUUUCGAUUGGAUUCCUGGAGACUUUGAUUCUCCGACGGGAUCCCGGAAACCGUCCUGUGAUUACCUGCCUCUACCCAAUUGCCUCAAUUGUACUCGUGUUGGGUGUUGUAUUUCUACUGGCACUGCCUCUGAAGUCGAAAGCGGUCAUAAUCGGGUUCUUUUUGGGCGCGUUUGGCAACGGAGCCAGCUGGGCAAGCACAGCACUGAUGAUGCGAUCACUGUAUGCAAAGGACAUUGGCAAGCACUACAAUUUCAUGUUAUUAGGAGCACUGAUUGCUGUCAUCGCACUGAACCGCUUCGCGUACGGCGAGGAAUUCACACGACUUGCAAGAAAGAAUGGUACGUAUCCCUAUUGCGGUGGCAAGGCAUGCGUGCAAAAUGCCCUAAUCAUAUUGUUGUGCGUGAAUGCGACUGCAAUCGUUGCGAGCACUAUUGUCCACAUCCGCUACCGCAGUUUCGUGAGGAGGACUCGUGCUGCGCACUGUGCAGCGGGUCCCGUCCAAUAUUCUCCUGAUGUGGCAUGUAAUAUGGGUGCAAUCCCCUACACCCCACAUGAAUGA